CCCCCCUCCUCGCCCACUCCUGUCCUCCUCGCAAGUACCAGCCUCUCCUUCCUCAUCUUUAUCGUCAACAGUUUUUCAAGCUUCUGCUUUUAAUUUUUUCUUAAUAAAAAUUCGUUUACAAGAAGAUAGCUGAAAAAGGGGAAGAGAAAUGACUCUAAGCUUAGCCUCCACUCUACUCUCUCGGUUCUCUCCUUCAUCUCCUUCUCCUCACCUCGCAAAACUCUCUGAAUCUUCUCUUCACAACAACAGUACUGCUCUCUUAUCUUUCCUCUUCACCACCGGUGUGUUAUUUCCUUCUUCCAGUCUCAAGAAAUCCACAUACUAUUCCUCCUUCACCACACGUGCUUCCUUAAGCGAGACUCCAAACGGCGUCGCUGAGAACUCCGGUUCUGUCUCUAACGUAUUAAACGACGAGUUGCUUGCCAGGGCUUCAGGUGCUAAAGACGCCAGUGAGGCCCUCGAUGUUAUCGCUCAAAGUACCGAACUAAAUGGCGGCGUCGUUAGUAAUUCUGAUUGUGGUUUAAUCAUAAAAGCCGCCCUCGAUCGGAACAAUGCUGACUUGGCACUCUCUGUUUUCUACGCGAUGCGUGCAAGCUUCGAUCAAGAUGUUAGUGAAAAUGGGCCUCUGGUUGAGAGGUGGAAAUGGUCUAGACCGGACGUUAAUGUUUAUACUACGUUAGUUCAGGGUCUUGCAGCGUCCUUGAGGGUUUCAGAUGCUCUUAGGUUGAUCGACGAUAUAUGCCGAGUUGGUGUCUCCCCUGGGGAGGAGGUUCCUUUUGGAAAGGUUGUAAGAUGUCCAAGUUGUUUGGUAGCCGUUGCAGUGGCUCAACCUCAGCAGGGAGUCCAGAUUGCAUCUUGUGCCAAAUGCCGAUACCAGUAUGAGCUUGUUUCAGGAAACAUCAUUAGGAUUGAGUCAGAAGAACUCAGCAAGGACGUUCCGGUUUGGGAAAGAGGCCUCAGAUUUCUACAAAUAAUGAAGAAAAGCAUUCCUGCUGCUGUUCACUCUCUUGUGGUUCAAACCCCUUCUGGUAUGGCACGUACUCACAGGUUUGCAACCGAAACUGUUGAUCUCCCUGCACAAGAAGGAGAAAGGGUGACUAUUGCUUGUGCGGCCCCAUCAAAUAUUUAUCGAGAGGUGGGUCCCUUUAAGUUUACUCCAAAGGCUCCAAAUUUCUACCCUGGAGAACCUAUGUGCCUGACUAACCACAGAGAUGGUCGUGAAUCACUAUUACUAAGAGCUCCCAUGAAAGAUGAAAACUCUUCCUUAUUUACACCUUCCGCCCUGAUUUCACUUCUUGCUGUUUUGGCCGCUGGUGAUGCUGCUUCUGGAAUGAUUGAUCCCAGCUUGCCUCAGAUACUUUCAGUUGCUGCAGUUGCGUCCCUCUCUGUUGGAGCCACUUUAAAUGCUUAUGUUCUCCCCCAGUUGAAUCAGCUUCCUCCAAGAUCAGUGGAUGCACUAGCUAUCAAGCAGCAACUUUUGUCUCAAUAUGACAUACUUCAGUCUCGCAUCAAGGAUCUAAAAGACACUGCUGAAAAAGAGGUCUGGAUGUUGGCUCGAAUAUGCCAGCUGGAGAACAAAAUUUUUGCUGUUGGGGAGCCUUCUUAUCGUGCUCGCAGAAGUAGGGUCAAACGGGUUCGAGAAGGGUUGGAAAAUUCCCUGAAGGGAAGGAUUGAAUUAAUUGACAGCUAUGCAAGAAUUUCUUCAAUGAUUGAAAUCGAGGUAGAAAUGGACUCUGAUGUGCUUGCUGCUGAAGCAGUGGGCAAUACGGAAAUGAUCGCUGAACAAAUACAGCAAAUGAUGGAGCUGGAAAAUCUUGAAGAGAAUUGGAGAGAAGCUCUAGGAGAUCUGAAGUGGAAGGAAGCCAUUAUUAAAGAAAUAAGAACAUUGAUAAAGAAUGAAACAUGAGAACUUGUUUCACAUUCACAGGGAAAAAAAAAUAGUUGGUUGCAAAUGGGUGUUCACCGUAAAACACAAAGCAGACGGAUCGAUCGAAAGGUACAAAGUUAGAUUGGUAGUAAGGAUUUACUCAAACCUAUAGAUUUGACUAUCAGGAGACAUUUGCCCCUAUUGCGAAGAUGAACACAAUUAUGAUACUUUUGUCUUAUGCAGCUAACCUUGAUUGAGAUUUACAGUAGUUUGAUGUAAAAAAUGCAUUCCUCCAUGGAGAUUUAGAGAAAGUCUGUACAUGAAAAUUCCCCUUAGAUUUGAAAAUGAGAGGAUGCAAGAAAAAGUUUGCCAAUUAAAAAAGGCUUUUUAUGGAUUGAAGCAGUCUCAAAUUGUAUAGUUUGAACGGUUUAGAAGAGUUAUGAUCUCUUUUGGAUAUCAACAAAGCAAUGUUGAUCAUACUUUGUGACACAAAGGAGAUGACUCGAUUGAAGUAACUUCUUACUCAAGAGUUUGAAAUAAAUGAUUUAGGAAAAUUACAAUAUGUCUUGAGAAUUGAAGUUGUCAGGUCCAAUAAAAGGAUUUUCAUUUCUCAAAGAAAAUAUAUUCCACACUUACUAGAGGAGACUAGUAUGAUGUGUUGCAAGCCGGCAGAAUCACCUAUUGAGAGCAUCUACAAACUACAAGCAGGUAGUGGUACAUCAGUUGAUUUGGGAAGAUAUCAGAAACUAGUUGGACGACUCAUUUAUCUCUCACAUAUCAGACCUGAUAUAACAUAUGCAGUUAGUCUGGUGAGUCAGUAUAUCUAUAACCUUCGUGAGACUCAUUUACAUAUUGUCUUCCGCAUAUUACGAUAUCUGAAGUCUACAUUAGGAAAAUGUCUGUUCUUUUCUAUACAUGGUCACUUUAAAAUAGAAGCAUUUACAGAUUCCGAUUGGGCUGGGUUUCUAAAUGAUAAAAGAUCAACUACAGGUUACUACACACUUGUAGGAGGCAAUUUGGUCACAUGUAAAAGUAAGAAAUAAAGUGUGGUUACCCGCUCCAAUGCUGAGGGAGAAUAUAGAGCAAUGAUUUAAGAAGUAUGUGAAUUAUUAUGGUUGCAAAAACUAAUCAAUGAGUUAAAAUUGUUUAAAGAGGAGAGACUAUUCAUGUUUUGUGACAAAAAAGUAGUUAUUAACAUUGCUCAUAAUUCAAUUCAACAUGACAGAACAAAACACAUUGAGAUUGAUCGACAUUUCAUAAAAGAGAAGGUGGUUGGUGGCUCUUUAUGCUUAUAUCAUGUAUCUUUUGGUAAUCAGGUGGCUGACAUUUUUACUAAAGAAUUAUACAAUAAAUCUUUUCUGAACUUGAUUUAUAAAUUGGGCAUGUGAUAUUUUUGCGCCAACUUGAGGGGGAGUUGCCAACUUGAGGGGGAGUGUGAAUAAAGAUUUCAUGCUAAAUAGAAUACUAUACUAAAUAUGAUAUUUUAUUACUUAGAAUUCUAAUAGUAUAGUUAUAUCUUAUAAUUACAGUUCAUUUAAAAUAAGGAUAACUAUU